AUGGAACAGCUUUAUUCGUUAACUAUAGGUAAGAGAUCACGAAGUAAACUUUUUAGAACAGAAAAUGUUUAUGUGACCGUGGAUUUUCAUCAAGGCUGGUCAAGAAUUUCACCCCAAGAUGUACCAAGAAGGUUAUUUUUCACUUUUGAGAAAUUGAUUAGAGAGAUUGCAGAGCAGGUAGAAUGUAGUCCAACGGAUUACUUACGUUUUUCUCUUCAUCACCCAGGCUUGAAAACCCCAGCUUUCAUCCCCUUUCAACAAUACGCAAACGUUUCGGCUCUUCAGCUGUUAAACAAAGUCGCCACGAUUCUUCAAUCCAACGACCAGUUUCGGCUUGAUGAACGAAUGAGUUUAGAGGUAUGCCAUGUUAAUCCACCCGAUGGUGUGGGUUCCGGGGGAGAUCAAGUUUGUAAACGCAACGUGGGUGAUUUUGGCGAAUAUUUGAAGAGGAAAAAAUGCCUGGUCACCAUCAAGAACCAAGACGGCUUAUGCUUUCAGCGCGCCAUCGUCGUGGCCAAGCAUUAUGCCAUCAAAGUACACACGAAAGAGUGGGAAGCUACACGCGAAAAACUAAGGAAAACGGGACCCAACAGUUUCCAAACGAGAAGGGCACAUCGUUUAAUUGAAAAAGUAGGCGGAUCGAUAGAUAGCUGUCGAGGACAGGCGGAUUGGGAAUUAUACGGCAAAGUUUUAGGCAAAGAAGGAUACCAACUGAAUGUAUAUUCUCGACAACUUUUUGGCAAAGCGGCUUAUAGAUCCAACAAGUACGUGGAAGGAACGCCGAAACAUCUCAAUUUGUACCAUCACGACAAACACUAUGACGUCAUCGCAAAAAUGGCUGCUUUCGUAGAGCGUUCUUAUUUCUGCGAGACUUGCCAAGUAGGAUACAACCACCCCAGUGACCACAAGUGUCACGUGAUGUGUCAAAAAUGCCGUCAGCCUGGACCUGAAUGUACCGGUGAUCUUAAGAGGAAGACCAACAGAAAGAGCAAUGCAUUGGCUGCCUCUACGACUAAGUUGACGUAUUGGCUACGUUAUAUUGAACAAUAUUAUACUGAAGAUAAGAUACAGCCUAUCCAACACGUUGUCGCAUAUGAUGCAGAUGGAUAUGGUGUCAAUUAUUCCGAUGAAACGGUUGUUUGCCAAGCUGCUGGUAAACCGUAUACUCUCAUGGUACCUAACAAAAAGUAUUCUGUAUACUUGAAACCUGUCUUCACUGAUACUGCAUACGACACAGCCAACGCUGGUCAAUGGAUUAAUUAUGGCCAAAGAAGAAACCGCUGGAUGGAAAUGACCAAACAGGCUGAUAGUUUAAUCAGUCACUCUCAAAAUUGUUGGCAAUUGUGGUUCUGGGGUGACGACACCAGUAAAGACUUCUCCUACCAGCUAUCUUUUGCAUUUUUAAGGCCGUAG